GUUGUAGUGUUUGUUGUAAUUUCUAGUACACAUCUUUUGUCAGGUUAAGAAAUUUUCUUAUGCUCUUAGUUCGUUCUUUCAUUCAUUCAUUCAUUUAUUCAUUCAUUCCCUCCUCCCUUUCCUUCUUUCUUCCCUUCUUUACUAUUUCCCUCCCUCUUUUCCUUCAGAAAUGAUGCUAAAUUUUAGAAGAUGACUUUUUCCACACCUAUUGAUAUGGUAUGAGGUUUUUUACUUUUAAUACAGUCAUGUCAUGAUUCUGUCAAGCCAUCUUUUCUUUCCUGGGGAACAUCCCAGCAGGGUUAUAAUAUGUCAUUCUUUUUAAUGCCACUGAACUUGCUUUGCUAAUGUUUGCAUUUGUCCAAAGAACAGUAAACCUAUAAUUUCCUGCCUACCCCCACUUUUGUCUUGUUUUGAUGCUAGAGUUAUGCCCGACUUAAUAGACUUUUCCCUCCCUGCUACUCCCCGUAAUAGUUUAAAUAGCAGAGACUAAUCCUUCCCUUGAAGUUUUAGUGGAGCCUGUUUUUGCAGUCUUGUGGCCUAUUCCCUGUCGUGGGGUAGAAUCUGACUUUCUCUUCAGUCUCUUCUGAUUAUUUAUAUAAUCAGUUUUUCUAUCUAUCCUUGGGUUAGCUUUAAUUGAUAUUUUCUUGCAAAACCAUCUUUUUACAAAGAUUUUCAAUUUUUUGAAAUAAAGUCAAUAAAUAGUAUUUUAGGAUCUUCAGAAUCCUUUUGGUACUUUUACAUUUCCUUCACCUAAAAUCUCUGUUUUUACCUUUGUCAAUACUUUUCUUCUACUUCUUUCGUUUUAUUUUGUUGUCUCUAUAAUGCUGAAACCUGUUUGUUUAGACUUUAUUCCUUCUGUGUUCACCACUGUUUGCUUUCAUCUCCCCUUUAUGGAAUGAGAGCGUUCAUGAAGUAUAACAUACAUACUCACAUAGUGAGUACACUCCUGUAAUCAGCACCCACACUGACAGAACGUUGCAGAACCUCAAAACCCACGCCUCCUUCACGCGGCCAUCCCUAGUUUGGCCAGCUUUGGAUCUCCGUGUGGGAUCAUAGGGUCUGUAUUCCUUAGUGUCUAAAGUAGGCAUUUUCAUUUGGAGUUCUGAUGUUUGAGGUAGGCACAGAAAGUACCUCUGGAGACUUGUGCACAGGUGUGAAGUGUGGGCCAGGAGCAGCACGUGGGACUCCAGUGAGUGAAGUGGCCUGGGUGUAGUACAAAGGCAAGGCAACCCUGUUUCUGCAACCCCUGUUUCCAGUGUUGAGGCCUUUUUGGCCUACAUUCACAUCUGACCAUUUUCUCCUUGUUCCCUUGGGCCAGAAGAUUUCAUUGGAUGUUGUUGUUUUUUAGUUGUAGAUGGACACAAUACAUUUUAUUUAUGUGUUUAUUUUUUUAUAUGGUGCUGAGGAUCGAACCUAGUGCCUCACACAUGCUAGGCAAGCGCUCUACCACUGAGCUACAACCCCAGCCCUUGGAGGGUUUCUUUAACCUCCUCUGCAUCUCCUGGGCCUUGGGGUAGAGAAAGCAGGGAGAUGAGCUGGUGAUGAAGAUCAAGCAAGAGAAGCCAGAGUGGCUGCUGCAGACACAGGCCGUGCUUCCCGAGAAGGACAAGGAGAACAUUUUCCAGCAGCAUCGGGGCCUCCUGCCAUGCCAGACCAUGGGGCGACCUCGGGGUCUGGGGACACAGGAAGAGACUGGGGGUCCAAGGUGGGCUCCUCCCACUGAGCAGGAUGGGCUGCUGGCAGGCCGGGCUCCUGGGGCCGCCCCUGGCCCUCUGAACCCCACACUUUCUGCUGGAGAGGGUCACUUUGUGUGCGUGGACUGCGGGAAGAGGUUCAGCUGGUGGUCGUCCCUGAAGAUCCACCAGCGCACCCACACCGGAGAAAAGCCGUAUCUCUGCGGUAAGUGCGGCAAGAGCUUCAGCCAGAAACCCAACCUGGCCCGCCACCAGCGGCACCACACGGGCGAGCGGCCCUUCUGCUGCCCGGAGUGUGCAAGGCGCUUUAGCCAGAAGCAGCACCUACUCAAGCACCAGAAGACCCACUCUCGGCCCGCCACCCAUGCGUGUCCUGAGUGUGAACGUUGCUUCCGCCACCAGGUGGGCCUCCGCAUUCACCAGCGCGCACACGCCCGGGACCGCCAGGGCUCCCGCGCUGGUCUGCAUGAAAUGCUCCGGGAAGCCGCUGUACGACGGGCCUGCCGCCUGCGGCCUGGGACACCACGGGGCCGCCCAGAGUGGGCCUGGCUGGGGCUCUGCCAGGGCUGGUGGGGCCAGCCUGGGGCCCGGACCUCCGUCCCUGGCCCCUCGGGGCCCGGAGAACAGCGCCAGUUCAUCUGCAAUGAGUGCGGCAAGAGCUUCACCUGGUGGUCCUCGCUGAACAUCCACCAGCGCAUCCACACGGGCGAGCGGCCCUACGCGUGCCCCGAGUGUGGCCGCCGCUUCAGCCAGAAGCCUAACCUGACGCGGCACUUGCGCAACCACACGGGGGAGCGGCCGCACCCCUGCCUGCACUGUGGCCGCAGCUUCCGCCAGAAGCAGCACCUGCUCAAGCACCUGCGCACGCACCUGCCGGGCGCCCAGGCUGCGGCAUGCCCCAGCUGUGGGCAGAGCUGCCCUAGCCGAGCGGCGCUGCGGGCCCACCAGCGUGCGCACGCCGCUGCCGAGCGCCGGAGCCCUGGGCCUGGCGUCCAGGACCCGGAGCCAGGUGCAGAGUCACAAGCUGAGGCCCCUCAGGACUUGGCUGUGCAGCCCUGCAGUCCCCAGACGCCACAGGGGGGUGGGGCCGCACCGUGGGGCCGGGGGCGCGGGGCCCUGGCCGGGCCUGGGGAGCAGCGCCAGUUCAUCUGUAACGAGUGCGGCAAGAGCUUCUCGUGGUGGUCGGCGCUCACCAUCCACCAGCGCAUCCACACCGGCGAGCGGCCCUACGCGUGUCCCGACUGCGGCCGCCGCUUCAGCCAGAAGCCCAACUUGACGCGGCACCAGCGCAACCACACGGGCGAGCGGCCCUACCAGUGCUCCGCCUGCGGCCGGGGCUUCCGUCAGAAGCAGCACUUGCUCAAGCACCAGCGCGUCCACCGCGGAGCCUUGUCGCCGCACCCCGGCCCCCAGGAGGAGGCGCUGUAGUGCACCGGCGCUGCGCACGGCAGAGGAGAUUGUGUGUGGUGUGUGUGGGGACAGGGAUAGCCUGAAAACUGGCUCUUAACAGGUCCCUCCUGAGACCCCAUCAAAAGGCAGUACCUUGAGGCUCCGAGCCCCAAAGAACAGCAUUCCAGAAGUAUCCCAUUCCCAAAGGGUGCCUGAAAAAGUGCCCAGCGUGUGUUGAGGGAGGAAUUAAGAUCAGCACUCCUCACCCAGGAGCCUGGAUGAGUUGAUGAUGGGCUGCUCCCGUCUGUACCCCAGGCCUUAGGAACCGAAUGAAGGGGCUUUUUGGCACCCUCCAGAGGCGAGAAAUGUUCCCAGGAUUGGUCAGCUGUAGCACUGGCCUGUCAACACCUGGGCUGCACCAUGACCAGGGGGCUGUCCCUAUGGUAGAGACAGACUCCAGAAUACCAGGAAAGGAGCAGAGGUGGUGGAUAGGAGGGGACAAGCAUAACCCCAGCACCAAAGCUAGUGCCACAUUUAGUGACAUCCAAUAACUAUUUCUGGAGGGACUGGGGGCCUUGGUCCUUCUCCAACUCUGAGUGAGUGCUGGGUGCGGCUGGCCUGGCCCUUGAACUGGCAUAUGCGUGAUGGUCAGGGACGGGAGUGCAAGUGGAUGAUCUCAGCUGAGAUUUGGCCACUUGGGGAGGUGACUGUGCUGGAGGGAGCCACCAUGUUGCUUCUGCUUCUGUCCCCAAGUGGGUGGGUGGCUGUUACUGACUUGGAUCUUUAUCCCUCCUGGGGUUGCAGAAGAGAAAAAUGAUGAACUGAAUAUUCCA